AUGAGCAUCCCCUUGAGCAAGAUUUUCUCGACAUUUUCGCUCGCCGUCAUGCAGUACGAACGCGCGGACUUCAGCGUCGGGCACGAGGAGGAGCUGCACUGGGCCAUCGUCGCCGUCCACAGCAGUGAUAAUGACAUCAAGGGCUAUGCGUCGUGGCAGGCCAUUGACCGCCAUUACAGCGAUGGGCGUCCCAACCCAAUCGUGUGGGAGCUGCACUACUCGUCGGACGUUCAGCUCAACAAGGACGCCAGGUGUCUGGGUGGCGUGUAUAUUGGCCAGCUGAAGGGUCAGGACGUCAAGAAGCUGAACAAGCUCAUCCACGCUAAUGUACAGCCCGUGUCCAAGUUCGAAGGUUGGAACUGCAGAGACUGGGUCUUGGAAGUUAUCAAGGACAUUCUCGUGCCCAAUGGGUGGGCGGACGGAGGUAUCUCAACGCACCAGUCGUUGCUUCCGUCGCUCAAGAUCGCGGCGCCGAAGACCGUGAAAGCCCGCAAGGAGAACAAGCUGGCGGCGCCGUGUGUGGUUCCGCAACUUCCGGUGGCUGAAGGCGCAUUAUAG